AUGUCUCGUCUCCUUGAAAAUACUUUCAGCACUGUGCGGGUAACGAACGAUUGCAGAGGUCUGCGGUAUAAUGAUCUACCAUCGGCGGCUGGUGCCGAGUCGGUAGCCUUCAGGAAUUCGGGAUGUGGCGAAGCGGAGCAGGAGGAGAAGGAGAAGGAGAAGGAGGAGGAAAUGGAGGAAGCAACUGAAUUUGGGGGAGGAAUAGGGAGUGGCUUGGUAGGACAGGAUGAGAUGGAGCAGUCAUGUCCCAGUAAGUGCACUAACUACUUGCACUACCCAUUCUGACCGUUGCACAGCCGUUUCCUACUACUUAAACCCGCCUUCUUUACUUUGCAAUAGAUAACACCAUGCAGCACCCUAAACCGCAGUUAAGAAAGCUCAAGUUUGUUCCAGAGCUCGAAGGAAUCGAGGAAGUUUCGGAGGAGGAUGAGCAGGAUGAGGAGGAGGAGGAUUGCGAGGUGGAGGAGGAGGACGUCAGCGCCAAUGACAAUAACGGCGUAAAAAUGGAAGUGAAGGAGGAGGGCCUGCAGCAGCAGCAGCAGAAUGUGCACGCUGGUGGAGACGCGGACUGUCUUGCUGUCGUCUUGGAAGUAACUACUGCAAACUGCCACACGUGUGCAGUAGUGGCAGCCAGAGACAGCGAAGUGAUUCAAAUGACAAUGCCCGUACCAUCUGCCGGCAGGCGGCGGCCUCCACGAUGGAGGUCCGUUGACAUGUCGUCGCGUAUGUCUACAACUGCAUUACUGUCAUUUUAGUUCUUCAGCCCUCCAUCUCCCUUAUGACACACCCCGCUCUCUUUUCCUUCACUCUUCUCCUGUUAGAUGCCUACACGUUGCUCGACCACCGAGAACGGAAGCCCAUCCGCCGACGAUUGGGUUACAUAUGGCGGAAAUUCGUCUGCUGUGGCAAUUUGCCAGCCAGCGCAUAG